UUGGUUAGUUUUUUUAUUUUUUUUUAUUUUUUUUAAUGAAUAUAUUUUCAUUAAUAAUUCAUCAGGGCAAAUUACAUAAAGAUAGCAGGUAGACGAGCAACAAACUGCGCCGCCAUCCCUUUUUGAAUAGAAAACCCUAAUCUACUAAAAACAAAGCCUCGCCCCCGAGGGGUCGAAAAACGCCCAAUAAUGCCCCUUACACCUAUUUUUUUUUAUUUAAUUCUUACAUCACUUUUUUAACAUAAUACCCACAUCCUCAUUACACCUAUUUUAGAAAAACGCCCAAUAAUGCCCCUUACUGACUGGACUGCCAUAUGACGGAAAACGCCCAAGGAUGGGGGCAUUAUUCCCUCUUAGACCGUGGGGUAUGGUGGGCGUGGGUGGGGGCAUGGUGCGACACGUGGACUAUGAGACACCCAAGACCAAAAGCCAAUUUCAAAGGGGUAUGGUAGGGUGUGGGUUGGGUGGCGUGGAAAAAAAAACCAAUUUCAAAGGCUAGUGCUUUUGGCCAAUGAGAUUCCGCCAUGUCAUGUGGUAGCCCGCCCCACGCCCGGCCUUAAACUCCCGCCCAAGGGGCCACGCCCAAACCCAAACCCACCCGAAGUGGUGACUUGAGCGUUUCUCUCCAAUCCACGCCCCAACCCCCGCCCCAUAUCGCAUAGUCUUACAAAAUACGUAUGGUCUAAAGCCAAGGGCAAAAAAACUUAUUGGUUAAAUCUGAAAUUUAUAAAAUUGAAGUGUAAAUAAUAAGAGUGGAGUAGCAUUUUUGGAUAGUAAUGAAGUUUGUUGCUGAUUUCCAGCCCCAACCUUCUGCAACCCUACCCCUUCACAAUUAUCUCAUUCACCCGUUAAUAAUAAAAAAUUAUAAUAAUGGAUGGAAAGUGCAAACCCCACAGUCGACAGACACUCAUCCACUUUUAUUUGCUUGCUUUGCUUGUCCUCCUCCUCAAUUAAAGCAAAGCAAUGGCCGAUUCCUCCUCCUCUAGUGCCCCUCCUGAUUUAGAAUGCGGCGAUUGCUUUUCCGAAGAAGAAGAAGAAGAGGGUUGUUGCUUCUACUCCACCUGCGGAGGCGAUGAUCCUGAAAUCGAUCGCGAGAGUAGUAAAGAUUGCAGAAUCUGUCAUUUGGGGCUUGUGGAGGGCGAUGAUGCUAUUGAACUGGGUUGCUGCUGUAAGAACGAUCUGGCUGCUGCUCAUAAACAUUGCGCUGAGACUUGGUUCAAAAUCAAGGGAAAUAAAACAUGUGAAAUCUGUAAUUCGAUUGUGAGCAACCUGGUUGAGAUGCCCAUGCCUUGUUCAACUCAUCAUGUAGCUGUGCUUGAUGUGAAUCUGGAAGCAGCAACGCCACACGGAUCCUUAACAGCAAGAGGUGGAGGUGGAGGCCUAGGCCGAGGAGGAGGCGGUGGCUGCAUCAAUGGUCAUAGGCUACUCAACUUCAUAUUGGCAUGUUUGGUUUUUGCUUUUGUCAUAUCAUGGCUUUUUCACUUCAACAUACCCUCAUAAAUAUAUUUCUCUUUUGCUUUCCUGUUUCUUUACACUACAAUUACAAUCAAUUCAUCAUCUUUAUACACAGA